AUGGCCGACCCGAACGCAUACGGUGUGCUACCACACCUUAAGGCCUGUCCGGCUAGCGCUUCCGGAAGCAGCGAAUUUGUUUGGCUUGAUGCCAGCGCGCUCGCUGCUGCCAGCGGACUUGAUGAUUUUGAACAAAGCGCCGAAUUCUUGUCUCCCGCUGCGUUACAGAAAUGGCAGCAACGGCAUGCGAAGAAGGCGCAGCAAGCGCACCUCAGGAGACUUCGUUAUCCCCGACCAUCGAUGUUUAGCCCGCACGCCGCACCCUUCGUUCCUGCAGCCCUGCGCAGACUAGAACCGCAGCGGUAUGGCAAAGCCUCCUCCGGAUCCGACUCACCUCUUCAGGUCUGUCAUCCCUGGAUGACGGCGAUGCGGCGUGGCGCAGUGGGACAGACAGCACCAGUGCGCAAAGCGCAAGCUGAAGUUGUCGUCAGCUUGGGCCCCUGGGACACACGCGAGUUGAGUGACCUCGCCGGAAAGCUGAGCGACCGGGCAGGAGAGGGCUAUGGACCUGACCUCGGGGCGGUAUCCCUCUUUUGCCGCGAGCUGCAUGAUCGCUUCGAAUCACAUCAAGGACCGGCAUGUGCUGCGCAGUUCGUUACUCAAUUGAAGGAAUGUGUCAUGAACGAGUUUUGGGCCUGGUGGCAUUGGGACUCGCCCACCUCGGUGGUGCACCUUAGCGAAGAGAACGAGUCUAGGGCACUAUGUUUUCUCUCUUCUGCUACUGCAAUCGCGGUUUUUGUCGCAGACCUCUUUGCUCAAGAUCUACUCCCUGCGAAAUGCCUCCACAUUUGCCUGGACUUGCUCGUUGCAAGAAUGACUGUGAUCGAACAGCUUUAUGCCGUGCAUAACAUGGUCUCGCAUGCCAGUGUGCGCAUAUACGAUGGACAGACAAUGGUUCAUUUCGCCGAACAUCUAUGUACACAUGCCAUAGCCAUACAGAGUAACUCAAGUAUCGUUCAUCAGAAGUUCAACCGGGACCAUGUCUCGGAGUGUACACGCGAGGUCUGCGACAUCGUGAAGGGAUGGAUCGGUGUUGGUCCGUCAUCGCUUCUCUCUCCUGCGCCUGUGAACCCACAUCUAGUAGUAUCUCCUUCAUUCCCAUCAUGCACAUAUGCUCAGCCCUCACCUUUCAAAGGUGGAAGGUCUUCAGGAUAA